GACGACAUACUCACCGUGGCUUAUUGGCCAGUGUGUCAAUUCUGUUGUUGUUAUAAGAAGCGCUGCGAGGGACUCAGGAUGCUGCGAUUGCGGUGUAAGGCUAAGAACGGGACUCAUCUGAUGCAAGGCCUGACGCACCAGUCCUGUGUUCAGGAGCUGAAAGACAAGGUGGAGGAGCUGACAGGAAUCCCAUGCGAUGUGCAGAAGAUCAUGGUGGGCUAUCCACCCUCCAGCUUGGAUCUGCGCAACGGAGAUGCACAUCUGAAAGAUUACCCCAUAAAAUCAGGAGACACGCUGAUUGUAGAGGAGGAAAAGAACAAGCCUAAAGUCGUCACCACUCCAAAACCCCUGCUCCUGGACUGUAGACCUGUGCUGGAGCGUCGCACCGUACCCGCUGAUAACUCCUGUCUGUUCACCAGUGUUAAUUACGUGGUGGAGGGAGGCGUGUAUAACGCGGCCUGUGCGCCCGACUUGCGCCAGCUGAUAGCCCACAUCGUAGCCCACGAUUCCACCGCGUACUCCGAAGCCGUGCUGGGAAAAAGUAACGAGGACUACUGCACUUGGAUCCGCCGCAGCGACACGUGGGGCGGAGCCAUCGAGCUCUCCAUCCUGUCGAAGUAUUACCAGUGUGAGAUCUGUGUGGUGGACACGCAGACGGUACGCGUGGACCGCUUCGGCGAGGACGCCGGCUACAGAAAGCGUGUGCUGCUCAUUUACGACGGCAUCCACUACGACCCACUCCAGAUGCUCGUACCCGGGACAGACUGUCCGCCGCAGACCAUCUUCUCCACGUCUGACGACGUCAUCCUGGCACAGGCGCUAGAGCUGGCCGACGAGGCGCGCCGCAAACGCCAGUACACGGACGUGAACCGCUUCGCGCUGCGCUGCAUGACAUGUCAGACUGGCCUGGUGGGACAGAAGGAGGCGAGGGAACACGCCAAGGAGACGGGCCACACCAAUUUCGGCGAGGUUUAAAACUCUCGCAAACGUCAGAAGUGUCUGUUACCACAAUGCUACAUGUUCUCAUGAUUUCACAGCUGUGUCUCAGUGCCGUUCUCUACCUCACGUUAUUCUGAUCCCUCCCCCAUCGCAGCUAUGGAUGACACUGGGUAUUGACGUUCUUUAACGAAGUUUAAAGCAUUAAUUUGGUGUGUGUGUGAGUGUGUGUGCGCGUGUGUGUGUUUGCGUUCACAGUAUUGUAAUAACAUUUUUAAACAAACGUAUUAGUAGCAGUUGAGUCUGUUGCCUAAUCGACUGAGCCUCGAUUCAAACCAAAACUUAAGGGUGCUUUCACAUAUGCAGUGUUUAUCGAACCCUGGCGUGAGUUCCUCGUUUGUGAAGGUGAGAACACAGCAAUCGCACUCAGGUGAGGACCAAAACUGCCGGUUCCCGAGGGCGUCCAAGCGAGGUACGGGACGUGAACCAUGCAUGUGUGUGUUUUGGGUUACAGGCGACAUUUUGUUCUGUAGAUGCGGACUGCUAGAAUGAGCUCGGGUGAUUAAGAGGAUUUUUACACACUUGGCAAGGGCUUGCUUACUUUAUUCUGUCAUUUUGUACCUUCUACACGUGCCGUUUUAACUCUACACCUCCCUCAGCCAAUAUUAUUAGUAUAUUUUUAGCUUUUUGAUCCAGGUCUGAUUCAUAUAAAUAAUUGUGGAAGCAUCCUAUAACCUGCAGAAUCGUCAGAUUAGAAGGCAUCAAUGCAUCAGUUGCACUUUGCACAUUUUUACCUGCAUUUUUCUUAAAUACAUAUUAUCACUAUGAUAAAAAGGUAUCAACCAAACCCAACGUUGAUCCAGUAUCUGAAUCGGUGGCACGAUGUUGAGGUCAGACUUUAAGACAGUUGCGUCCACAUCUGCGUUCUGUCGCUCAACAUCGCGGGCUUUCACGGCGCUAAAUAAAUCAGUGGCUGUGUGGACAGUUAAAGGAAAAAUCCACCUUGAACGAAGUGCAUAUUAAUCUUUAUCAUGAAACACUGAAGGCUGAGAAUGAAGAUGAUGCAGCGGCGCUUUAGUCCUUUUAAUGUCUCUCAUCAGUACACUCAACUUCUGAAGCUCUGAUUUCAAUCUGAACAUCGCCAUCGCGACACCCGAGCUAAGGUUAACGUUUCAGUCAUGUCCUGUACCUGCACUUCAUUGUGUGUAAUGUUUACAAUGUGUUUCACAGUGAAGUUUUCCUUUAAUAUAGUCAAAUCUGGAGUGUUGAAGAUGUUUUGCUCCGAUCCUGCUCCUCGCUCUUCAUCCCUGACCUUUUCAGAACAAUCGAUGACGCCAGACGGUCCUAACGCUCCGUGUCUGAAUUUUACCCGUUACUUGAAGUGCUUGCAGAAGGUGUACGGCAGCAAUCACGGUUCUGUAUUCGCUCUUAUCUCUGAGCUUCUCAUUCCAAGUGCUUGUUAAACUAACGAGAGUUCAGGCCUUGGUGUGUGUGUGUGUGUGUGUUUGAGUAGAGAUAACGGUGCUGAUGCUCGACUCGGUUCCACAUUAAAUUGCCUAGCGGUGUGUGUUUCUCUUAACGGCGUAUGCAAAACACUUUGCAAAUUGGAUAGGAAGUUUUCUUCUUAAGUGACUGAACCAUGAGUGAGUUUUUGUUUUUUUUAUUUUUAAGUGGAGAAUUGUGUCAUAUCAGACGUUACAGAAACACUGGGGCAAAGUCACUCGAGUAGUACACGUGGAUAAACUAUACAGAAUGUAUUCCAAGUUCUACAAACUCAAUACAUUUCCAGUCAGGUACUGUCCACACACUACAAAGCUUUCUAAGUUAUUGGACAAGUUCCAUUUUACAGAAUUGUUCCACUGUGAGGCCAAAGGAAAUGUGUUAAUAUCAUUAAAGUUUUUUUUCUCCUCUC